UUUUUUUUUAAUGAAUUCACAGAAAUAAAGUGGUGUAAAAAAAAAACAAUAAAUGCUUAACAUAUUAAAUCACAUAACCUCACUUCAGUCUCUACAAUGACACCUGUCAAAUUUUGAUAAAACAAUUUGAAUUGAACUUCGUGCAUAUCUUUUAUUUGUAGAUUAUUAUCAAAAAUGUUACGUCACAGAUUAUUAAAUAUUAUUAAACAAGCAAGCCAUGCAUCAAAGAGAAAAGUUAUUAAAUACACUAGCACAGGCAUGUAUGAUAAAUAUGCAAUUGUUUAUGAAACUGAUAAUAAUAUUAUUGUUAUUUGUUUAGGAUUAUUUCUAUUAGGCACUAGUUAUAUUUUAACUAAUCCAAACAAAGUUAAACCAUUUCAAUUUAAAGCUGCAAGUAUUGCUAGAUUUGGACGAUCACUUAUGAUAGGAUUAACAGUAUCUGUAGAUUACUGGAUAGCACCGUUAAUGGGUUACACAGAAUCUGAAAUUCAUCAACGAGCAGCAGAUCGUAUUGUACAAGGGUGUUUACAAAACGGAGGAAUAUACAUUAAACUUGGACAAGGCUUAGGAGCUGUUAAUCAUAUCCUACCUAAAGAGUAUGUUAAUUCUUUAGAAAUUUUACAGGAUAAAUGUUUGAUACGUGGUGAAAAUGAAUUACAAGAAAUAUUUAUACAAGAAUUUGGAAAAAAACCUAAUGAGGUAUUUAAGAAGAUUGAUGAACAACCUGUAGCAGCUGCUAGUUUAGCACAGGUUUACAAAGCAGAAACUACGGACGGUGAACCUGUUGCUGUUAAAGUACAAUACAUUGAUCUCAGAGAUAGAUUUUAUUCCGACAUGAGAACAUUAAAUUAUUUACUUAAAAUUAUUACAAUUAUGCAUCCAAAAUUUAAUUUACAUUGGGUAAUAGAUGAACUUUUUGAAACGUUAGCACAAGAAUUAGAUUUUGAAUUGGAAGGUAAAAAUUCUGAGAGAUGUGCCAAAGAUCUUAAAAAACAUGAUUAUGUACAUAUACCUAAAGUCUAUUGGGAUCUUAGUACAAAGAGAAUUCUUACAACUGAAUGGAUCGAUGGUAUUAAAAUAAACAAUGUUAAAGAAUUAAAAAACAAAGGAUUAAAUUUACGCGACAUUGAUACUAAAUUAAUUACUUUAAUGGGAGAACAAAUUUUUCAUACAGGAUUCGUUCAUGGUGAUCCUCAUCCUGGCAAUAUUUUUGUUAGGAAGGGACAUGAUAAUAAAGCACAAAUAAUUUUAUUGGAUCAUGGAUUAUACGAAUAUUUAUCGGAAAAAACAAGAAUUAGUUUGUGCAAUUUUUGGGAAUCUAUGAUAUUAAAAAAUAAUCAUGCUAUGAAUGUUUAUGGUAAAGAAUUGAAUGUUGAUGAUCCCAUUCUUUUAGCUGAAAUGUUAACUCAGGCACCGUAUUCUUUAUCACCAUUUUUAACAACUGAGAAAGGAAAGAAAGCAGAAGAACAUAUGAUUAAACAAGCCCAAGAACAUUUUGAUAAAAUUGCAGCAACAUUAAGAACAAUGCCUAAAACUAUGAUGUUAAUUAUUAGAAAUUUAAAUACUAUUCGUGCUAUCGUACAAGAUCAUGGAAAUAUUAUAGAUCGUUAUAGAAUAAUGGCAAAAAUUGCUGUACGUGGAAGAUACAAAGUUACAAAUUUAUCAAUUAAAAAAUACAUCAAAGGAACAAUAUACAAAGUUAAAUUUGAAACGUAUUUAUGGCUAUACAGUUUCAUUCAAUGGUUACUUAAAACUUAUUUAAAUGUUUUAUGGUUAAUGGGUUACGACACUAAACAAGUUGUUCAACUUGUAGCAACACAAUCUUUUGCUAUUUAAUUAAAAAGCUUAAUCUUUGAUUUAUAAUUAGAAAGAAAGUACACGAUAAAAUGAAUUUUACGAUAAGUAUACAUUCUGUAAAUAUUAUACUAUGUAAAAGAAUAUAUAUAAUUAUAUAUUGUAUAUUAUGAAUGAUUUCGUUUGGAUUAAACCAUCGAAUUAAAAAAAAAAAA